CGCGGCCCCGCCCCGCCCCGCCCCGCCGCCGCCGCCGCUCGGCCCGGCCCGGCCCGGCCCCGCCGCUCCCGCCGCUGCCGCCCGCCCCGCUCGCGCCGCGCCCCGGGGGCGAUGCCGAUGCCGCAGCCGCAGCCGCGGGGCCGCGGGCGGGGCUAGCGCCGGGGAUCGGCCCGCUGCGGGCCGGAGGCCAUGAGGGGCCGCGGGGCAGGGUAGCCGCCAUGGCGGGCGCCUCGGUGAAGGUGGCCGUGCGGGUCCGGCCCUUCAGCUCCCGCGAGAGCAGCCGCGACGCCAAGUGCGUCAUCCAGAUGCAGGGCAGGACCACCUGCAUCACCAACCCCAGGCUGCCCAAGGACGGCGCCAAGAACUUCACCUUCGACUACUCGUACUGGUCGCACACGUCGGAGGAGGACCCCCGCUUCGCCUCGCAGCGGCAGGUGUACCGCGACAUCGGGGCGGAGAUGCUGCUGCACGCCUUCGAGGGCUACAACGUCUGCAUCUUCGCCUACGGCCAGACCGGCGCCGGCAAGUCCUACACCAUGAUGGGCCGCCAGGAGCCCGGGCAGCAGGGCAUCAUCCCCCAGCUCUGCGCCGACCUCUUCGCCCGCGUCCGCCAGAACGGCUGCCCCGACCUCGCCUACUCCGUGGAGGUGAGGCCACGCGCUGCUCCAGCCCCACGGCGCGGCGCUCCCGGCCCCACGGUGCUGCCUUCCCGGCCCCACGGCGCUCCCGGCCCCAUG